AUUGUUUUCUUUUAUAUAAUAUAUAAAUUUGUGUCAUAAAGAAUUUAGAAAAUAUUUACUAAUAGUUCUUUAAUUAAGAUAAUAAUGUUGAAAAAACAAAAUGUUUAUUAAGUCUUUUUGCUUUAGUAAAAACUAUAAUUACAAUGUCAUCUACUCACCGGGAAGCAAUUCAGAAACAAAUUCAACAAGACUGGGCAAACAGAGAAUAUAUUGAAGUCAUAACUGGCAGUAUUAAAAAAAUAACAGACUUUUUAAACUCUUUCGAUAUGUCCUGCAGAUCACGAUUAGCAGUUUUAAAUGAAAAACUUACUACUCUUGAACGUAGGAUAGAAUAUUUAGAAGCACGUGUAACAAAAGGAGAAACUUUAACAUGAAUUGUUUGCCAUGGAAAAUUUUAUAUUAUAUUUAUCCAAAUAAUUUUUUACUUUUUUCUAUUAUAUAAAAUUGUAUAUACCUACAUAUAUAUAUAUAUAUAUCAGUUUAAUUUACAUCAAACUUUUGAAUUAAAUUAAUAAUCAGAAAAAUUUAA